UCGGAGUACGUGGUUGUGCAUGUGUGCUGUUGGUCGUUCUAUACACAGACCUUGGUCGUUCUACUUUGGGUUCAUAUAUGGUCUUAUUGCGUCAGAAUUUCAAGAUAUUAGAAUAUGACGUCCAAGGUGAAUGAUGCUAACAUAGAGGUUCAACCAAUUUGUCCGAUCUGUUUAGAUGCGCCAGCAACGCUGAAGGUUGGCACCACCUGCAAUCACGUGUUCUGUAGGAAUUGCCUGAUAAACCAUUUGAAACGUGCCCACCCAACCAAUGACAAAUUCUCGUGCCCCACUUGUCAGGUCGAGUGUCCACUUCCGACAAAUGGUAUUGAUGGUUUGAUGGCUGCGAAUACCAUCCACUCCGAACGAGCAACUGGUACUGCUGUGGCAACUCUUCAGUCCACGCCCAACGAAUCAGGUGCGGAGGGAGAUCGAGCUUUCGGAGGGGAAAGCGAUGGGCAGCAGUGUUGUCAGAUUUGUAAAUUUACUAAGAACACCAGUAUUGAUGCUGAUAAGAUAUGUCCGGACUGUUGUAACCUUCACCUCUGCAAGGAAUGUAUCUCGGUGCACCGUAAGAACGAGAACACCAAACACCAUCAAUUGAUUCCCUUCCGACCGAAGAACGCAGGCGUGGAGGGGAGAUGUGCUGCACAUGGGCAAUGGAUCACAAGUUACUGUUGUACUUGUUCUACACCAGUGUGCAGAGUCUGCGUUCAUAUUGCCCACGGGGAGCACACCCUGAAGAGCUCGGUUGAGGUGUUUCAUGAGAAGAUCGAAGAAGUUCGAAGCAAGAAGGAAGAACAAGAGAGGCGGUUGAAGAUGUUUUCAAGUCGUGAGAAUGCGUUGAAGGGUCUUGGGUGCCUUUCAGUAGAAAGGAAGGACACAUUGGUCAAAGCCGUUGAAGAUCAAGCAGAAAAGUGUGUGGAGCAGAUCACAAAUCAAAAGGAGGAAUUGAAAGAGAGGAUUGAAGCUGAUUUCAAACCAAUUCUCCAGCUUACUGCGUGUGUGGAUACAAUUCCAUUAUAUAGAACGAAGAUGUGUGGUCUGGUUGCCGAGGUUGGAAAGUUGUUGUCAAGCGCAGAACCAUGUCUCCCUGACCUAGAUAAACUGUCUUCCAUCGGUGAUCGGAUAGAUGAGACUUCAAAACUCACUGAAGAGAAAAAUGGAGAUGAAAAUGACUACUUGGUAUCGUACUCUGAACUUUGGCAGAAACUUCCGGCAUUUGUUCCGAGGGUUACGGACUGCAACUUUGGAUCUAUGGCAACCACUGGCAAGAAGUGGGGAAUCGACUGUUGUAAAUUGAUCUUCGAGGAGGAACCCCAGAGUGAUGACAAAGCUAAGUUCAUUCCCUGUGUUACUGCGCUUGGAAAUGAUCUCUACGCAGUCGGGAAAUCAAAUCACGGUGGUGAACCGGCGGAUGCCAUUGAUGUUUACAGAUAUCCCGGAGUCCAUCAACUGUCUAUCAGAGAACAUGCCGGCCCAGCAUACGACAUGGCUGCAACCUCUGAUGGGAAAUUAGCUGUCCUUUCGGAUGGAACGACAAAGAACUAUUGUUGUGUCAAAUUGUUUGAUCCUACGGCCGGUUACCUGCGAUCUAGCAAAAAUCUUGAUGUUCGUGGCUGGCUGUCGUUUGACAUCAACAUACAUCACCAGUUCGUCAUCCUCAGCAAUGAUGGGAAUCGAAAGGUAACCAUCUUCAACGAAGAUGGCACCGUUGUUCUGAGACAUUCAAUUGAUGUAAAUGAUUAUGACAUCAUGAACACGGCGUGCAGGAUCGCUUGCAGUAUCCGCCAUAUUUAUGUCAUGGGAAAGCAAGGCUUGGCCAUCUAUCAAUUGGAAGAGUGUGGUUUGACUCUUGUUAAGGUUAGUAAUGGAAGUAUAAGCGGUGCUAGCAUCAUGGCCGAUAUUUCUGCAAGCUGUUUUGACAGGCUUGCUUUUUGUUACAUUAAUAACGAUAAUUCGCGGAUUGUCACAUAUAACAGUCGUGAACUGCUCAAUCGAUCCUUAUGGAAAUCCAAAAUAAGGCAACAGGGUGGUAAUAUGGUGGCAAGAAUUUCUGUGCGAGGUGACUACGUCGUGUCUUCUCAGGGAGCCACGAUCAGAGUUUUUCAAUAUGUAUCGUGAGUGAGUCCACUUUUUCAGUAUAAAGACACAGGUGACAUUUUCACUCGCCAAAUGAAAGAGAUGUCUUGACGCUGUCUGUGGACGCGGUGCUUUGCAUGGAACCGCAUUAACGUUCUCUGAGAGGCAAACCAUGAUGGUGUUCCUUUUAACGUCAUAAGACCACGCGAUAUUGUUGAUAUCUAUCAUAAAAUGGGUGUGACCCACAGAUUACCAUCGAUUAUCAUCGACAACCUAGCUCAUUGGCACACCAGCAUUUAAACUGGCUGAUUAGAAUGGAGGUGAUAGUACAAAUAUUGGACAAUAACAGGAAUGUUUUUGGCCAAAGGAAAUACAGUUAUUGUAGACAGAAUAUAGAAGAUAUUAUCGUUUCGGCAUUGAUUCCGGCGUGAUAUCUGUACGGUUUUAAUGCAUUCCAGAUCACUCUAUCGAGAACAUAACCAGAAGACCGUGGCAAAAUCACUUUAACCUGUCUAAAGGCAGAUACAAAAUGUACUUGAGUGUCUAGCUUGGAUGCAGUAGGAUCAGAACGCCGUACGGUUCCUUUACCUUCUUAUAAACAGUUAGGUGAAUAUGUAGGCCACAUGAUUAUACUGCUUGUUUGUUUACGUUGACUUAUCACAAAGUGGUUUCUUCCCAGUGAUAUCAAUAGCCAGCACUAUAAUAAGCGGGAACAGAGAACGGUGCCGCCAAGCCGGGAGUUGCCAAGUCUGAUGGCAAAUUUAUUUGUCAUUGCCAGCCGGAAGGCAAGAAAGGGGCGAUUGUUUCUCAUCAGCUGUCGUACUCACCUAAAAAUCGUGGGUAAGAUAUUCUACACUGAUUGACACAUCGGGAAGGCACCUAACUAUGAUUACCACAUUCGUCAAUAUUGACUUGAAUUGCGAGACGUAAAUAAAACGUUAUCUUGUGCGCCUAUGAUGCUUUUCUUAUUUGUGAAGGACUCUCAAGUAUACAGGGUGAUCCAGAAAAAACGCAAAUGGAUACCACUACCAGGGGGUUAAACCAUUGAUAUCAGUGAAUGUAGAAUCUUUCUAGGAGAGGAAUAAUGCCCGCACUUACAUGUACGCUGCAUAAGGGGAC